AUGAAAAACUUAACACUUAUCGCCAACGACACAAAGAGAUUCCUACGAGAACACCCAGAAAUAAUCAUCACCAGAGCUGACAAGGGUCACACAACAAUCGCAAUAGAUAAAGACAUAUACAUAGAGAAAAUGGAGACCUUACUUAAUGAUAAGAACACUUAUAUCACAAUUAAGAAAGAUCCCACAAAAAAAUUAAUUAGCGGUCUACACAAGAUAUUAAUGGACUGGAAGAAAUCAAAUUACAUAGAUAAUUCCAUCUACAGGAGACUUAAUUGUACGGAUGGCACACUACCAAGAGCCUAUGGGCUCCCCAAGAUCCACAAACCGGAAUGCCCACUCCACUUAGCAGAAGACAGUAUCACUACUAGAUGGACAUACAUAAGCGAAAAGUGUGCCAUACCCCAAGAAGAAUUUUUGAAAGCAAUUCGAUUUGUACUAAAAUCCACCUAUUUUUCUUUCAAUGGCAAGAUCUAUCAGCAGACCUUCGGCACACCCAUUUGUUCCCCGUUGUCACCAAUUAUCGCAGAUAUCACAAUGCAGGACCUGGAGAACAGGGCCAUUGAGUUGCUUAAUUUUAGGCCUCCCUUUUAUUUUAGAUACGUAGACGACAUUGCUCUAGCCGUUCCCUCGCAUAUGAAAGAUUCAGCUCUACAGAUUUUCAAAUCGUUCCAUCCGAGAUUACAAUUCACCAUUGAAGAGGGAACAAACAGAAAAUUGAAUUUUUUAGACACAACAAUAAUUAUUAGAGACGACCAUAUAGAAUUUGACUGGUACCAGAAACCGACGUUCUCCGGAAGAUAUUUGAAUUUCAAGUCCUGUCACCCUCUCUGUCACAAAAAAGAAAAACAUAUUCGCACACAAAUGAAUCAUUUAUACACUGACAUACUAAAACAACGUUGUAAUUUGGAACGACGAGUAUUGAAGAACGCGCUCAGUAUCGCGAUUCACGCACCCGACGACUUCGCUUAUCAAAUUAUGAAAGGUUCUGGCUUCAUGGCAGGUGAUCUCGGGAGAAGUCGUACACAUCAUUAA